AUGCCAGCUAUCGCAGCAGCAUCGGACAUCGAGUCCUUUCAAGCGUCCGCCUCGCAGUCAGUAUUCGACGCUCUGCCAAACCGGCCUGCUGAGCUCCCUCAAACCCAUGUCAAUCCUUCUUAUUGGCAAGCUACGUGCGAGGGCCCUGCCAAGACCGCCCACCUCAGCGAUUCUUCGGCUGUAGAAGGUGAAGCUACCGUUGCUAUCAUAGGGUGAGCUGUGCCGCGUCAGCGUGAAGCCUAUCACAAAGGCCUCCAAACGCUGAUCCAUGACCUGAGCGGCCACUGGUGCGCGCCCUACUGUACGAGCGCAGCACUGGCAUCACCGGCAUCUCCACGUUGUACCACCUCGUCACGCGCUUGCAAUCGGGCAGUCGCAUCGUUCUCUUCGACGCGCGCGGCUUCUGCUCGGGCGCCACAGGUCGCAAUGGAGGGCACAUGACACCUCUCUCUGCUUUGAGUUACCGCGAGCUGCGGAACUCGCCGGGCAUAUCGAGAUACGCAGUCAAGCCGCCGGAAGGAAGAACCAGGCAAGAAGUGUACGGCAAUGAUCGAGGAGACUUGCUGGAUGAGGUGGUCAGGACAAUGCUGGUGUGUGAAGCCAGAACAGCUGCGGAGCUCUUGGUGCUCACUAGGACGGAAGCCGCCCUGGCUCGCAAGGACCCUUCGAAAGCUCAGCUAGAGGGCUACGUGGAUCCCGAGUUGCAGUGCGCAGGAAGAUGGAUCGUAGCUCUUGAGGAUCGAGAAGUGAAAGAAGUUGAAGAUUCCAUCACAGCUGCGAAUCACGCAGGUCUCAGUGACUGGACCAAGGGCCUCAUCAGGCUGCCAAACGCCGAGCUGGAGCAGGUACGUGGAGAGGUGUAAUGUCCGCCCUGCUUUGCUACCACGUACAUCGCUCAAAUACUGCCUCGCUAAAAUGCAGCUCGGGCUGUCGGGUGCCAAAGCGGCAUGGGAACAGACGGGCUCCACAGUUCACCCGCUCAAGCUCGUCUCUUUACUCUACUCGGUGGCGAUGCGCACUGCCAGAGAAAGGCGUAUCCAAGUAGAAGCGCAUACAUACUGCCCAGUCGAUGAGGUUGUGGAGCAGGCUUCGAACGGAUUCAACAAUUUGACGCAAAGCAGCUCUCGCGCUUUGCUCCGAACGCGACGUGGCUCCCUGCAAGCCAGAUACGUCGUGCACGCCACCAACGCAUGGGGUGCGUGGAGCCCUUAGCUAAUUCUGAUUGCCGAGCGUUCGACGACUGACUGUUGGCCCUUCGGAUGCGUCUUGAUCUGGAUGACACGCCAGCAAGUCAUUUGAGCCCUCAGCUCGCAGGUCCAAAGGGCAUAGUGCCCACUCGAGGCCAGGCGAUGGCGGUGGAGCCAAAGGAUCCUCAAACAUGGUCUCAAGGCUUAGCCACGCCAGACGGAUUCAACUACAUGCAAAUGCGGCCCAGAACGGCUCAAGUGCAAGCCGGGACAUUGCAGGGUCCUGCCAAGAAUCCUCCCAUCAUCUUCGGAGGCGGACGCAAUUCGGCGCCUGCUUACGAGUGGGGUGUGGAGAAUGAUGGAGAGCUUUCGAAUAAUGUCAGCAAGGUGAGCAGAAGUCUGCAAAAUCCCCUGGCCCUUUCAAACGCCGACUAAAAGCACGCAAGCCUGUCUAAUGUACAGCGCCAACGUCAGCUCUUAUCCUCCUUGCUGCCCUCCGCAUUCGAGAGACUACCGCAACCAACGCACGAAUGGACAGGAAUCAUGGCAUACACGCAAUCGUUGAAUCCUAUCUGUGGUCCAUUACUACGAGGGCAAGCUCUGGCCGAUGAGGACAGCGACCUGAAGCCAUCUGCUGACAUCAUUCCAGGCCAGUACAUCGCUGCAGGCUACUCUGGAGUGAGUCUAGAUCAGGUGUCUACAUGGGUCACAUGAACUAACCGUCAUUCUCCGCUGACCCGUACUUGUCUGGUCUCUUGGCUCCUGCAGCAUGGCAUGACGAGGGCAUAUGCAUGUGGGGAAGUCAUCGCUGAGAUGAUCGAAGUAGACGUGCUGGCUGCCUCCUUAUCAGAGCCACUCGACGAUCGCUGGAAAUGUCCCGGAUGGUUUCCUCGGUGCUGGCUGACCACAUUGAGCCACGUGUAUACAUGA